AUUAACUUAAUUUCUAGCUUGAGAAGGAAGGAAAAAGAAAAAACAUGGAUUCCCCAAAACUUCCUGUGAUAGAUUUAUCACGUGCAGAGUUGAGGCCUGGUACUGAAUCUUGGAUCUCGACAUCAAAACAAGUAUGCCAUGCUCUUGAAGAGUAUGGCUGUUUCGUUAUCAAAUGCAACAAAGUUUCAUUGGAUCUUCACAGUGCAAUCUACUCUGCAAUCCAGGAUUUGUUCAAUCUCCCUACAGAAAUCAAACAGCUUAUCCAAGCUACUUCUGAGCAACCUGCCCGCGAUGUGCUCUCCACCAAUCCUAAUCAUGAACGUAUUGAUAUGGAUGAUUUAACCAGUUUAGAAGCCACUCACAACUUCAGUAACCUCUUGUGGCCGGCUGGAAAUGAUCACUUCUGUCAAAGUGUUAAUGAGAUUUCAAAGAUUAUGAUGAAUAUAGAUCAGACAGUUGUGAAAAUGGUGUUCCAGAACUAUGGUGUAGACAAGUACUAUGAUUCUCAUGUGGGAUCAACACGCUAUGUUACCGCAGGCGCUAAGUAUAAGCAGCUUGAUAAGAAUAAUGAAAAUUAUUUGGGUAUAGUGACCCACACAGAUAAGACAUUUUCAACCAUACUUCAUCAGAAAGACGUUAAUGGAUUGGAGAUUCAAACAAAGGAUGGGCAGUGGAUUCUGUAUCAACCCCCCUCGCAUUCAUCAUUUAUCUACUUCGCAGCUGAUGCAUUUAAGGCAUGGAGCAAUGGAAGAAUUCAUGCCUGUUGGCAUCGGGUUAUGAUGAGCGGAAACAAGACAAGAUUCUCUCUGGGAUUAUUCAUGUUUCACAAAGGAGUGUUACAAGUACCGGAUGAGCUAAUAGAUGAGGAACACCCUUUGAGAUACAAGCCGUUUAAUCACCUGGAAUAUCGUGAAUCAGUCAGAGAACAUGCUGUUAACGGAAUUUAUCAUACCAUUGAAGCUCACUGUGGCGUUUGAUCCUAAUCAAUGUCUUAUUGAUAAUUACCAAAUGAUCAACUAUAUGCUAUCCCGCUGUAAUAAAUAAAGAUUGUUGAAGGUGUCUUCUUGUUCGUCAACACUCGAACUGUAGUGCCUUCUGAUGUUGUAUUUCCACACCAUGUACUAUGUUAAUAUCAGAAAAUCUAGCCAGUGUCUUUAAUU